AGAUCAUCAAGUAUCGGAAACAAUACAACCAGUAAAGUCCUUUAUGAAUGUGUUAGGUUGAUCGCAAUGCUAACAAUCUAUGGUUACACGAAAUAGAAAGGCUCUACGUAGUCGGCUAAUGUAUUUACUGCGCUGACAGCGGAGCUCUUUUAAAUAUUUCAACUAUUAUGCAUAAUAUACAGUAUUUUUGGUCUUCUGCUGUGAUCGUUUUUUUUUUGUUUAUAACCAUUAUCGCCAAAGAAAAGAAAGCAUCACAAGAACAAAGACAAGUCUGAAACGCGAAAGUCUUUUUUUAAAAUGCAUCACUUCAGUUCUUGAAAGCAAUGAAGUGAAUCACGGACGGCUGCCAGUUAUGGCGAACAAGUCGCUUUUCUUCGUCACCUUUACUUUGCUGUUUUGGACAAUCAGAUGCAGUUACUCUACUAACACGACCGAUCUCUACAUCGGGGGAUUUUUUGGUGUCAAUAUUAAAAAAGGCGCUUGGAGUUCAGCCGCCCUUAUUCCAAUCUUAGAAAUGGCACUGGAGCACGUGAAUAACGACCCACGCAUUUUAGUGGGCUAUCAGCUGAAAUAUGUGUGGAACGAUUCCAAGUGUGAGAGUGGAUCAGGUAUAAGAGCAAUGCUGCGAAUGAUUGACACUCCUCCACACAAGAUUGUUUUCCUGGGUCCCGGAUGUUCUGUAGCAACAGUACCUGUUGCAGAAGCCGCCCCUUAUUGGCAGGCAGUGCAGAUUGGGUACAGCACGUCAUCGCCACAAUUUUCAGACAAGGAGAAGUUUCCUUUGUACUUUAGAACGAGCACCUCUGAAACAAUGGAAAACCCGUCUAGAGUUGCACUUUUAAGACAUUUUAAGUGGAAAAAAGUCGGCCUCAUAGUACAAAACUUGGAUAUUUACGUACUGACCAAAGAGGCACUUAUUCCAAUGUUGGAGGAAUCAAACAUUACCAUAAUCGCAGCAGAGAGCUUCAAAAAUGAUCCGUCUUCAGCAGUCAAGUAUUUACUCAAGGAGAGAGAUGCGAGAAUCAUAAUUGGUCUGAUGUACGAGGACAUGUUCAGGAAAGCUAUGUGCACGGCCUACAAGGAAGAAGUAUAUGGCAGAAAAUACGUGUGGAUCAUAGUUGGCUGGUACAACGAGGACUGGUGGACAAAAACAGACGUGGAAUGCGAAGGGGAACAGAUGUUAGAGGCUGCGGGUAGUUUGAUAGAAACUCUACCCUUAUCUAUUAGUGCUUCACAAGAACCCACAAUAUCAAACAGGACUGCUGCUGAACUGAAAACAGAUUACGAGGACAGACUUAAAAAGCUGAACUUCACUUACAACAUGUAUGCAGCCUUUACGUAUGACGCCGCUUGGAGUAUUGCCCUUAUGUUGAAUAAGUCCAUUCCUCUGCUUCGAGAAAAGAACAAAACCUUGGAAACGCUGAAAUAUGGCGAUAAAGAAGCAGCUGAGAUCAUGAGAGAUCUUCUGUUCCGUACAGACUUCUGGGGAAUGUCGGGUCAUGUGACGUUCGACCGAAAGUAUGACAGAGAGACGGUGGUGCAAAUUUCUCAAAAUAUACGGGGAAAAAGGAAAAGUGUUGCCAUGUUGGAUAUCCGUAACGGAUCAUUAAUUCUCCUUAACGACAGUUUUGAAUGGGAAGGCGGCCGAAUACCAGGAGAUGGUGUCACAGUUAUCCAAAAAGUGUUCCAAGAAAGACCCGGGACAACGGUGACCUUUUACGUGUUGGCUUGUGCUGGAAUACUGUUCUGUUUGCUUUGUUUACUACUUAACUUCGUUUAUCGAAAGCAUAGGUUCAUAAAAAUGUCAUCUCCAAAGUUCAACAAUAUCACUGUCGUUGGAUGUCUAUUGUCAUAUACUGAAGUGUUUUUAUCAGCUUACAGUAACUCUUCAUCGGCAGAAUACAAUACCUCACUAUGCUACAUAAAUGCUUGGCUACUCUCUACUGGUUUCACCCUGGCAUUUGGGGGAAUCUUUGUCAAGACUUGGAGAGUUUACAAAAUAUUUACAAACAACCAGAUGAAAAGAGAGCUUGGAAAGCUUAGUAACAUCAGUCUUUUCUUGAGGUUAUGUGCUUGUUGGUUUAUAGACGUUAUAAUUUUGUCAACUUGGGCAGCUAUUGAUCCACUUACGAAACAACUCAAGAUGAUCGACGAGGAGGCUGAAGAUAAUGACGAUGAUGUUACGGAGGAGCUGCUGAUUCAUCAAUGCACUUCUAAGUAUUACGUGACGUGGAUGAUGUCGAUCUGCGGAUUCAAAGGGAUUCUAUUGAUUUUUGGUGUUUUCCUGGCCUGGGAGACAAGAAAUGUUACCUAUCCUUCACUGAACGACUCCAAGAACAUCGGUUUAGCAGUCUACAAUGUAUUCAUGUUUUCGUGCUUAGCUAUUGUGACUGAAUUCGUGGUGACCUAUCCACCUCUUCAAAUUUUGGUUGUAAGAUGUAUCGUCUUCGUUGGGACCACGUCGACAAUUUCUUUGUUAUUUGUUCCAAAAAUUCUACGCUUAAGGAAACAGAAUCAGAUAGAUUCAAUGUCUGUCACAGAACCAAGCCGGAGUGAGUUUGAAACACGCGGGGCGACUAAUUCUGAAAUGCGAAUAGAGACGUACAAGAGCAAAAGCUAGAUCUCGCACUAGAUCUCGUAGGACUCCUAAAGAUCUCCGACGAAGGGAAAUCAUCAGUGGAUGGUUAAAGUGCAAUUUUCAUGAGCCAAACUUGAAAAGUUGAAUUAAGUAUAUAAAAUGUUCGACGUCUAAAUGGAUCAAGAACGGUUUCUUCAUUCAGGAAUGGUUCGACAGCUCUUCCCGCCUCACUUGUGUCGAACCAAAUUCAAAAAUCAAUCUAAACUAUUUGAAAGAAGUUCUCCAGGAUCAAUAAAGAGAACAGCUGCGCCGACCGAUCAAAUUCGAUGCUUGAAUCAGCAAGUCAAAGCACUUCUUUUCGAGCUUGAGUUGGUCCAAAUUCGAAUAACCUUCGUCUCAUGAAAAGUUCGGCAUCCGAACUGAAUGUCAUUGAGCAAGGCUGAGGAUAAUUUGAAAAUAUUUAACAGUUAUCUUCGUGUAGUAAGAACAACUGCUCAGACAUCACCUCUUCUCAGCUGAAGAUAAGACAUAUGAAACGAAGUUGAUAAACAAUUUCGAUUUUGAUGGUAGAGUUUCAAAUGAGCUCUUUCAUGAAAAUAAUCGGGAUCUUUCAAUUUUAAAGCAGGAAAAAUUUCGAGAGCCGCUACCAGACAUCACUCCGUCUCUACAUCUGACUCUACCCACACUGAUGCAUUCCUUUUUGCCUAGGGUUGAUUUUUCAGUAAUUCUCACCAUCUCAAUUUUUUAAUUCUGUACAAGAAUUUUCCUAGAUGUAUAAUUUGUAUGUACUGUGCAAAUUUUACGAUAACAACAUCAUCUUCAACAAAAUCAUAUGAAAAUAUACAUAAAAAUCAAUAAACAUAUAACAAUUUUUAUUAUUAAACUCUUAUUCUAUUAAGAGGCAAUUACAUCUGAAAGGAUGCACGAAGAUCACCGCUCGUAGCAAAAAAGAUGACAUGCAGCUGAUUCCACGGCGCAUGCACGCAGCAAUGAGCUAAAUUUGAACAGGAUCCUUUGACACAACAAACGUGACUGUUGGGAAAUCCUUAUUAGUAGCCUCACAACUAAGGUUUUUUGUGACAUCCAAUAUCGUAUCCUGCAGUUAAUCGGAGUAAUCAUUGGAAAUUUAUAGAUUACAAAUUGCAAAUGCAAAUAGAGAUAUUUCCCCCAUGAACGGCCGCAGCUGCUUCUUUAUUUUGUAUCGACAAUCAUCUAUUCUAUCGCUUGUUUUUUUUUCAGGCUGAUACUUUUGCUUUUGCUUCAGUUUUUAAGAAAUAGUUGCUUUGUGAAUGAAGAGAACUUACUGAUUUUAUAACUAACCCUAGUUGAUUUAAACUGCCACUAAGAUACGUCUUUUUGCUGUAAUCGAAUUUCUCGUUUAUAAUUCAGCUAGUAUACUUUUCACAUUAAUCGCAAUUCAAGACCAAUUUAGCUUGACAACUGAAUAUAAUGACUUUAUGCCAGGCCAUGUGACGGCAGAUAGCUGAGCUAUAUUACAAGUAAUUUAUCGACUAACCAAUAGAUAUGAAAUUGACACUUGAA